GUGGCGAAAGUUGAUGCUCCCUACAAGAACAGCCUAGAUAUCCGAGGGAAGAUUAACUUGAGGGUGCCGGGCAUUGCCGUCGGUGGUGUUGAUCGAGGCUGACGUACGCUAGGAGUUUUACUGAAGCAGCGGACGAGGCCGGUGUCGACGAGCAGCGUAGCUGCUGGUAGCACCAGGCAGGCAGGGAGGCAGGGAGGAGGAGCAAUCGUUGUUGCCCGAGAUGCGCAAACGGCAUAGAUCACGAACAUGCGGCGUGCUCGCCUGUCUCCUGCUCUUGGGGCCCGCGAGAGCCACCUCGUCGUCGCGCUAUCGUCGAGCAGGCGCCCCGACCACGCCUGCGGCCGGUUUCGUAGUCACGGUGCCGUCUGGAAGCAGUGCUGCUGCUGCUACGAGAUCACGAUCACAGCAGCAGCCGUCGUUGCGGGAUGUUGACGGUUGGAGUAGGAGGAGAACCUCCGCGCGCUUGCCGCGGGGGGUGACGGCGAUGACGGUGACCACAGAGCUGCAAGGGGAGACGCCCGCUCAACAAAGCAGGCGACUGGGAAAGGCCCGUCAGAGGUUGCUGGAGGCGACGGGCGACUACGCGUUCCCUCCAGGCGAGCAGCUGGAUGAGAUGACCGGCCUCCGAAAGCAAACCAGGGUCAGGGAUCUCCAGUUCAAGGUUGCCGAGCCAGAGGUGCGAUACGACCCAGUUCGUUUGGAGGAACAGCUCUUCAAGCAGCCUGUCAAGUGGCUCGUGAGAAAUGUCGAGCUCUUCGUACCGCUUGGAACUUUCGUGGCUAAGGUCCUCUUUGACAUUCAGUCUGGCGUGGAAUCGAAGAACCGCAAGAAGCGGGCGGGGGAGCUGCUGGACAUCAUCGGCCGGCUUGGGCCUGCCAUCAUCAAAGCCGGCCAGGCGCUGUCCUCCAGGCCUGACUUGCUUCCCAAGGAGUACCUCGAUGAGCUCCAGAAACUGCAGGACCGUGUUCCGGCAUUUAGCAACAAGGAGGCGUUUGCGGUGGUGGAGUUGGAGCUCGGGGUGCCCUUCGAGGACGUGUACGAGCUGGUUGAGCCGGAACCGAUUGCGGCGGCAUCUAUCGGGCAGGCAACCAACGUGUACAAAGCCCGGCUCCGUGUUAACGGAAACCUCGUCGCGAUCAAGGUCCAGAGGCCAAACUGCGAGUCUACUAUCUCUCUCGACCUCUACGUGCUGCGUUUCUACGCUGGGUUCUUGACCAAGGCGCUAAAGGUCUUGAAGCGAGAGGUGGACCUGACUAACAUCAUCGACGACUUCGGGGAGUUGAUCUACAGGGAGAUUGACUACCGUGCGGAGAUGGUGAACUGCCAGCGGUUCGCGGAGCUGUACGCAAACAUCCCCGAUGUUUUUGUGCCUAAGGUAUACGCGGAGCUGACGUCUCGAGAAGUGAUGACAAUGGAGUGGGUGGAGGGGGCACGGCUGUCAGACAGGGUUAUGCUCGACAAGUACGGCCUAGAGCCAGCGAGACUCGUUGACACCAUGGUGCAAUGCUCCCUGAGGCAGAUGCUGGAGAACGGUUUCUUCCACGCGGACCCUCACGCCGGAAACCUUCUGGCUCUACCAGACGGGAAGCUUUGCUACUUGGACUUCGGCAUGGUUAGCUACGUGGAAGCGGGACAGCGGUACGGGAUCAUCGAGGCGGUGAUUCACCUGGUAAACCGCGACUUCGUGGCGCUGGCCGACCUUUACAAGCGCUUGGGAUUCAUCCCGCAGGAUCAGGAUACGGCCCCGAUCGUUGCAGCGUUGGCGAAAGCUUUGCCGGACGUUCUGAACGCUUCGGUGUCCGAGUUGAACUUCAAGAACGUGAUCAACCAACUCGGGGAUGUCAUGUACACCUUCCCCUUCUCGCUGCCGCCUUACUAUAUAGCCAUCAUCCGCUGCCUGGGGGUGCUAGAGGGAGUUGCUCUACAGGUGGACCGCGAGUCUCGCAUCCUCUCGGAAGCUUACCCGUACAUCGCGAGCCGGUUGCUGACCGACUCGUCUCCGGAGCUGCAGGAUGCUCUGCAACAGCUCCUAUUCAAGGAUGGAAAACCAAGGUGGGAACGGUUCGAAGAGCUGUUGGAGGAGGCGCGCGGCACUCGCGACUAUGACGUCACGCUUGCCAUCAACCAGAUGGUAGACUACCUCCUCAGCGAGAACGGGGCGCAGAUCAGGCAGCAGCUGUCUGUGCAACUGGUUGAUCAAGUGGACCAGCUCGGCGUCGACGCCAUCACUUUCGCUAGAAAGAACGUGGGCCAGAUCAACGCGGGAAAGAUCCCCGGGUUCCUGUCUGGAGACCGGCAGGUGCUCGAAGACCUGAUGGCCAACAAGGACAUGACGCCUGCCAUGGCUUCCACCGCUCGCGUGGUCAACCUCCUCACCAGUAGCGCAGGGUUCGACGCUGGAAAGAUUAUCCCGCUAUUGCGGCGACUAUUGAGGGAGCCGGAAGCCCAAGAGCUCACCGUCCAGCUUGCAUCCAACCUUUCGGAGCGCGCUGUGACUCGUACCAUCCGCGCCAUCUUCAACGUCAAGCAGCCCAAAUACGACGACGCCCCACCGCCGCCGCCGCCGCCUCCAGCAGCCCCGGCAGCAGACACAUCGGCACCUGUCCCUGCCCGCCGGUAGCCGUUUUUGUAGUACGCUAUGUACUGCACACUACUACAAUACCACCUUUGAUUCGGGCCAGACCUGCCAUCCGUGCCUUGGAAGAGCGGGCGGUUUUACACCACAUCACAUCGCUCAGCUCGGACGGUCGCCCCGUGGUCUAGACUGCACUAUAUACUACUAGAUAGUGGGUUCGAUUCUUUCUAGGAACGAUGACAAAUUUGCGAUCUAGAGAACGAUUUGCUCGUGAAUGUACACCGUACGUGGGGAGGGACUGCUGAACGUAAAACCUUCUUGCUUCUGGCGUUAACAGCGAACGCGAGAGCACCGUAACGCAGGCGUAACAUGGGACAGCAGUGGAUACUCCCAUGUUGUAUUUUAUUUCCCUGUGUCAGCUCUCUUGCCCUUGUGUGACUCACUUCGCUUUUUGUCUUGCCUUCAGCAUUGGCGCGCCUAUUGGAAACUGACAGCUAGUCAAACAUGCACCGGUGUGUUGACUAUGAUAGACUGGCACCAGAACAGACGGGAGGAAAGAGGAAAGUAACACCGACCAAAACACUCGGUCACACACACGGCGGAGAUGGAUUGACUUCGUGCAAUGGUGCAAACCUUGGCCUCACGUGAUAGUUGUAGAUGCAGCGCGCGUUCAUGCGUGGAUUUCCUAGACGAUGUGCUUCGUGAGGGUCGAACGGCCUCGAAACCAGCAAGUUACUGUGUACCCAGCGAGGGUAACUUCGUUGCCAAUCUUGAGGUCUUGAUGUCCCCUGGGGGCAAAGUGUUGAGGUGGUGUAGGCAGUCGCUGAACCGGGUUUUUGGGGGCCGACAAGUGCGGCCCGCGACCAGAUUUGCUCGCCGUUGACGAUCUUGACGUAUGGAUGAGUGCUCUCGAUGGCCCACGCAUGGUACAAAUGUAGCAAAGGCUGUGUUGUGUUAGUUUUGGUGACGUCGAGGCCUGCUGGCGGCAUCGUGUCCAGUUCAGUUGACGUUGUCCUACACCAGGAGUGCGAGGAACAGUUGUAGAUUGCCGCGGUGUUGACUUUUUGAGCGUUCUACUUUCCUUUCGCCCAAUACCUGGAGUGGCAGCUUUCUGCCGAGGAUUGGUCAGGUCAUGUACAGCGGUAGACUUGAGUACAGUAUCGGCAAUGGCGGAGGAGGCACAAUGUAUGUGCGAAUUGAAAUGGAUAGUGUGAUCUUUGCUCAAAGUGCGCUUGAUGAGUUGUACGUGUUGACGCUACGCAGGCAUCGUGGGCCUGAAGAAAAUUAUAUUGCAUUGUUUAACUUGCACCAAGCGCAGACAGACAACAGAGACACGGAGCGAGAGAACGCGCGUGCGCUGAUGAGCAGGUAACAUGCAAGCUAGGCUACACCUACUACCCCGAUGAUUGAGCAAAAACGGAGAAGAUAAAGAAGAUUCCAUCGAUGUGUGUUACGCACGUGGAUAGAUUGCCCGAGGGAUGUUUUGACCCGUCCACAUCACAACGCUUCGACGAGGCCUCAAAACAAGGUCGAGCAUUAGACUAUGAACCAAGCAAACCGAAAAAAAAACGAAACUCCACCCCACACAGGCAAACGUUAAGUUUAAGAGCUCCCACUGUCGUUUACUACUGUGGUGACAUGUACGUACAGGGCAGCAAAGGUGACACGACAGUCGCCAACCUGAGAGCAAACACAGACUACAGCAUAUCAAGUAAAUCAGAUCGUCAUCAUCAUCCGACCACGAACACCAAUCGAGAGAGAGAGUGAGGGAUUGAGAGACACGGAGGACUGGGGCAAAAAUGCUGGAUUUGAAGGGCAGUACCGUCGUGUGAGUGACACCACCUGUCUGCUGUAUCGUACACCCCACAAACACUGUCAACCCAUGCUCAUUGCCAAAGCCUACCGUUCCAUGCCACGAAACAUGCCGUCUGUUUCCUUCCAGUCGACGGUCGCGAUUUCACGCAAGGAGAGAGAGCCGUGCAACAACAUCUAUACCACUUUGUUUCACACGAACAUCUGUCGGACACAACGCUGUGUGUGUACCUCUGGUCAUAAUAAACUUCGAGGCAACUUGACAUCCAAUACUCUUGUCGCCGGCCACGUGCAAGCAACGAUCAUACCGCGAUAUGAGAAUGGUCACGUGUCACAGCCGUAAAUCUCCAGCACGACUGACUCCAGCCACUAUACUAAACCCACGCGGUAGCCAGCAGCCUACCCCCCAUUCCCCCCCCUUGCCUGUACGACCGGAAGCUUUUUCUUCUGUUGGAUACAUGCUGAGAACUAAAUAAUCCACCGUAGCACCGGACAGAAUUUCAUGACGGUCACCAACGCCACAUGGCAAGAGGAGCACCCCUCCACGUUACGCGGCUUCCCUUUGUGCAAGCAUAUCAUAUCAUAUCAUAACAAGCUUGCGGGCGGGGUCCACGGGUGCAAGCGCCACGUCCUGGCCUAAUCCUCAGAUUCCUAAGGACUCUGCCUUGGCUGUGGCUACCAAACUCUGAGGAGAUGCCCAUCAUCAUCAUCACCAU